AUGUCGACUUCACUCUCGCGCUCGUUGGGCCUCCAGCUUUCGUCCAGGGCGCUGGCCAGGUCCUCGACCUGCCAUGGCCCCUUCACCCGAUCCUUUGCGGGCCUCUGCGCUCGUCCCUCCCGACCGACGGCUGCGAUUGAUGCUGGUGUCAAGGCCAGGACGGCGAGUCCGUCGCUGCUGCGCAGCUACACCUCGUCGACCACCAUCACCACCGGCGGCCCUCUGAUGGUCUCGACGCGAUCCUCGCUCACCCGCAACUCGACCCUGCUCAAGGCCUUUGCCGAUGCCCGCCGGUCGCAGUCGACAUCUGCCACUGCCACCCUCGCCUCCUCUGCCGCCGCUGCCACCUCCGCAAGCUCUGCCUCUGCCGCUUCAUCCUCGACCGCUGGCUCGACGCCCCUCGUCUCUCGCCCCGUCGUGGCGGUGCAUCUCUACGCCCUCGCCUUCCUCGUCUACGCCAUCAUCGUCGUGGGCGGCCUCACGCGGCUCACCGAGUCCGGCCUCUCGAUCACCGAGUGGAACCCGGGCUUCAAGGGCAUGCGCCUGCCCAUGACGACCGCCGAGUGGGAGGCCGAGUGGGACAAGUACAAGCAGACGCCCGAGUUCCUCCUGCUCAACCAGAGGAUGUCGCUCGACGACUUCAAGUCGAUCUAUCUGUGGGAGUGGGGCCACCGCAUCCUCGGCCGCGUCAUCGGCGUCGCCUUUGUCCUGCCCGCCGGCUACUUUAUUGCGAGGAAGUGGGUCGGCCGCGAGACGAGGCUCAAGCUCGUCGCCAUCGCCCUCGGCAUCGGCUUCCAGGGCUUCCUCGGCUGGUUCAUGGUCAAGUCGGGCCUCUCGAACCCCACCACCAGCGGCACGCAGAAGACGGUCACGGUGCCCGUCCCCGCCAUCAAGGACGACCACCCCAACUCGACGGCCAACACCCACGACGGCCGCGUCCGCUACGACGCCACCGUCACCGUGCCCUCGUCGUCGGCGCAGUCGGCCACCGUCUCGCCCGCCGAGUGGACGCCGCGCGUCUCGCACUUCCGCCUCGCCAUGCACAUGGGCACCGCCUUCCUCGUCUACCUCGCCAUGCUCCACACGGGCCUGUCGGUGACGCGCGACUACAAGCUGGCCAAGGCCAAGGGCGUCGUCGCCGGCGUCCCGCUCCAGGGCGGCGGCGGCGCUGGCGGCGCUGCGAGCAAGGCGGUCCUCGAACGCCUCGCCAACACGCUCAACCACCCGCUCAUCCGACGCCACAGCCGCCUGACCAAGUUCGUCACCGCCCUCGUCUUCACCACGGCCAUGUCGGGCGCGCUCGUGGCCGGCCUCGACGCCGGGCUGGUGUACAACGAGUUCCCGACGAUGGGCGAGGGCCGCAUCGCCCCGCCGGUCGACGAGCUCUUCGACGACCGCUUCGCCCAGAACGACGACGGCAGCGACAAGGUGUGGAGGAAUCUGUCCCAGAACCCGGUCACGGUUCAGCUGAUCCACCGCACGCUGGCCAUCACCACGGCUCUGACCGUCUAUGCGUUGGCGUGGAAGACGCGCAAGGUGGCGCGGCAGUACAAGGACGUGGUCGCGGCGACCGAGGCGAGGAGCGGAGUCGACAGCGCGGCCGCCAUCGGCAGGGUCGCACGCCCGCCUCCUGCCUCUGGUGCGUCUGCCGCUGCGUCCGCUGCUGCUCCGUCCGCUUCCGCUCCGGUCGGCGGCGGUGCGAUCCUGGAUCGCUUCCCGCGGACGCCGCUGCUGCUGGCGUACGCGUCGGCGGGCGUCGUGACGCUGCAGGCGACGCUGGGCAUCACGACGCUCAUCUACAUGGUGCCCAUCCCGCUCGCCUCGGCGCACCAGGCGGGCUCGGUGGCGCUGCUGAGCGUGCUGAUCGGCAUGAUUGCGUCGAUGCGCCGCGUGCCCGCGCGCGCCCUCCAGGCGGCCUCGCAGCUGGCGGCUGGCAACCAGGCGACCAAGCUGCAGCACCAGAGGAUCCUCCAGAAGGUCCUCAGGUGA